GUGUGCGCGGCCCGCCGCUCCGGGCUGGCUUGUGCAAGGUGGGUCCAGCGCGCUCCUCCUCCUCCUGCGCGGCUGCGGAUCGCGGCGGGGCAGGCAGCGGCGAGAAAGAGGAGGAGGAGGAGGAGGAAGAAGAAGAGGGGCCGAUCUCUGUCCCCCUCCCGCGCGCCGGGCUCUCGAGCACCCCCUCUCCAUCCUUCCCCAGUCGCUGCAGCGGCCAUCUUCGCUGCCUCGCCCUCCGCAGCGCAACGUGCGCACCGGGCGGAGGCAGCCGCCGCUCGGCUCGCGGAGCGAUGCGCGGCGCGGAGGAGCCGCAGAUCGCGGAGGACAUGUCAGAAGAAGAAGAUGGAGUCCUGGAAGAUCUGGAGGAGUUUUAUCCUGAGGAGCAGGUGAACACCCAGAAGAAGAAGAAGAAGGCCAAGAAGCUGAAGGAGAACAAGGCGUCUAAAGUCAAGAGGAAGAAGAAGGAGGGGAACCAAGACGACGAAAUCUCCGAAAACGAAGAGGAAGCAGGAGAGAAAUCAGAGAGCGAAGGCAGCGACUAUUCCCCCAACAAGAAGAAGAAGAAGAAGCUGAAAGAGAAGAAGGAGAAGAAGGCCAAGAGGAAAAAGAAGGAGGAGAACGAGGAGGAGAACGAAGAAGGAGGCUUAAAACAGCCACCAGAACGCCACGGGUACAAGGAUGACUACAGCCAGGAGCCCAAGACCUCGGCUCAGCUCAUGGAGGAGUGGGGUCUGGAUGAUGUGGACUAUGCCUUUUCCGAAGAAGACUAUCACAUGCUGACAAACUACAAGGCCUUCAGCCAGUUUCUCAGACCUUUGGUUGCCAAAAGGAACCCCAAAAUCCCCAUGUCCAAGAUGAUGACUGUUCUGGGUGCCAAGUGGAGGGAGUUCAGCGCCAACAACCCCUUCAAAGGCAGCUCAGCUGCUGCUGCUGCAGCCGCCAUAGCAGCGGCCGUCGAAACCGUUGCCAUAGCUUCGGCGCCACUGACCCUCAGCCCCCAGCAACUGCUGCCACCACCACCCGCCAUCAGGAAAGCCAAAACCAAGGAGGGAAAGGGUCCCGGUGUGCGGAAAAAAAUUAAGAACACCAAAGAGAUCAAGAAGAAGGGGAAAGGGAAGAAAGUGGGGGCUCUGAAAUUCCGCUUUGGGGGAAUCGCCAACAAGAGGAAAAAGGGCUCCUCGAGCGAGGAGGAGGAACGGGAGGAAUCUGACAGCGCCAGCAUCAACAGCUCCUCAGUGCGCUCCGAGUCCUCUGCUGUUCUGGGCAAGAGGGGAAAGAGGCGGAAGAAGAAGAAGAAAAUUGAAGAAGGAGACGGCUACGAGACAGACCACCAGGAUUACUGCGAGGUGUGCCAGCAAGGAGGGGAGAUCAUUCUCUGUGACACCUGCCCCCGGGCCUACCACCUCGUCUGUUUGGACCCAGAGCUGGAGAAGGCGCCGGAAGGGAAAUGGAGCUGCCCGCAUUGUGAAAAAGAAGGCAUCCAAUGGGAGCCGAAGGAAGAGGACGAGGAGGAAGAGGAGGUUGGCGAGGAAGAGGACGACCACAUGGAGUUCUGCCGCAUCUGCAAGGACGGAGGGGAGCUCCUUUGCUGCGACACCUGCCCGUCCUCCUACCACCUGCACUGCCUCAACCCACCUUUGCCGGAGAUACCAAAUGGUGAAUGGCUCUGCCCCCGUUGUACAUGUCCCGCCUUGAAAGGGAAAGUGCAGAGGAUCCUCCACUGGAUCUGGCAGGAGCCCCCAGCCCCGCUUGUGCCAGCCUUGCCCUCGGCAGAUCUGGAGCUGGCUGCCCUGCCACCGAAGCCUCUGGAGGGGAUCCCCGAGAGAGAGUUCUUCGUGAAGUGGGCAGGACUGUCCUACUGGCACUGCUCCUGGGUCAAAGAGUUGCAGCUGGAGCUCUACCACACGGUGAUGUUCCGCAACUACCAAAGGAAGAACGAUAUGGACGACCCUCCGGCUUUUGACUACGGCUCAGGCGACGAGGACACCAAGAUUGAGAAGAGGAAGAGCAAAGACCCCGAGUACGCCAAGAUGGAGGAGAAGUACUAUCGUUACGGGAUCAAGCCCGAAUGGAUGAUGAUUCACCGUAUCCUCAACCACAGCUUUGACAGGAAAGGAGAUGUCCACUAUCUGAUUAAGUGGAAGGACCUGCCGUACGAUCAGUGCACCUGGGAGGUGGAUGAAAUCGACAUUCCGUACUACGAGAACUUCAAGCAGCAAUACUGGAAUCACAGGGAGAUGAUGUUGGGAGAGGAGAGCAGCCAGACUGCCAAGAGGCUGAGCAAGAAAGGGAAGAAGUUCAAUGAUGAGAAACUAGAAAGGCCUCCAGAAUCACCUCUUGUGGAUCCCACUGUAAAAUUCGACAAGCAGCCGUGGUAUAUUGAUACAACCGGUGGGACGCUGCACCCUUAUCAGCUGGAGGGUCUCAACUGGCUGCGGUUCUCCUGGGCGCAGGGAACGGACACCAUCCUCGCUGAUGAGAUGGGCCUCGGGAAGACCGUCCAGACCAUUGUGUACCUUUACUCCCUUUACAAAGAGGGCCACUCCAAGGGUCCGUACCUGGUCAGCGCCCCCCUUUCCACCAUCAUCAACUGGGAGCGGGAGUUUGAGAUGUGGGCACCCGAAUUCUACGUGGUCACGUACACCGGCGACAAGGAGAGCCGGUCUGUGAUUCGCGAGAACGAGUUCUCCUUUGAGGACAACGCCAUCCGGAGCGGGAAGAAGGUUUUUCGGAUGAAGAAAGAAGCUCAGAUCAAGUUCCAUGUCCUGCUCACAUCCUAUGAGCUCAUCACUAUUGACCAGGCCAUUCUGGGAUCCAUUGAGUGGGCAUGCUUGGUGGUGGAUGAAGCCCAUAGACUGAAGAACAACCAGUCCAAGUUCUUUAGGGUGCUCAACAGCUACAAAAUCGACUAUAAGCUGCUUCUGACUGGGACGCCUCUGCAGAACAACCUUGAGGAGCUCUUCCACUUGCUCAACUUCCUCACGCCAGAGAGGUUCAACAACCUGGAGGGCUUCCUGGAAGAGUUUGCAGACAUCUCCAAGGAGGACCAGAUCAAGAAACUUCAUGACCUUUUGGGACCUCACAUGCUCCGGAGGCUGAAGGCCGAUGUGUUUAAGAACAUGCCUGCCAAGACGGAGCUGAUUGUCAGGGUGGAGCUGAGCCAGAUGCAGAAGAAAUACUACAAGUUAAUCCUGACAAGGAACUUUGAGGCUCUGAAUUCGAAAGGUGGAGGCAACCAGGUGUCCCUACUCAAUAUCAUGAUGGAUCUCAAGAAGUGUUGUAACCAUCCAUAUCUUUUCCCCGUGGCGGCUGUGGAAGCCCCGGUAUUGCCAAACGGAUCCUACGAUGGCAGCUCGCUGGUCAAGUCAUCUGGGAAGUUGAUGCUGCUGCAGAAGAUGCUCAAGAAGCUGAGGGACGGUGGCCACCGGGUGCUCAUCUUCUCCCAGAUGACGAAGAUGCUUGACUUAUUGGAAGAUUUCUUGGAAUACGAGGGUUAUAAGUAUGAGAGGAUUGAUGGCGGCAUCACUGGAGGAUUGAGGCAGGAAGCCAUCGACAGGUUUAACGCACCUGGAGCUCAGCAAUUCUGUUUCCUGCUCUCCACCAGAGCCGGAGGUUUGGGCAUUAACCUUGCAACAGCCGACACAGUCAUAAUUUACGAUUCUGAUUGGAACCCCCACAAUGACAUUCAGGCCUUCAGCAGAGCCCACCGGAUUGGGCAGAAUAAGAAGGUGAUGAUCUACCGCUUUGUGACGAGGGCGUCUGUCGAGGAGCGCAUCACCCAAGUGGCCAAGAGGAAGAUGAUGCUGACUCAUUUGGUGGUGCGCCCGGGCCUUGGCUCCAAGUCUGGCUCCAUGACGAAACAAGAGCUGGAUGACAUCCUGAAGUUUGGCACAGAGGAACUGUUCAAGGACGACGUUGAGGGGAUGAUAUCUCAGGCCCAGAAAAUUGGCAUACCUGAGGCCAUGACACCUUUCAUGGAGGCACCAACCUCCAAAGGUGGGACAGUGACUCCUGGCAUGAAGAAAAAACAUGGCCCUGCUCCUCCAGGUGACAAUAAAGACGUCGAGGACAGCAGCGUGAUCCAUUACGACGACGCGGCCAUCUCAAAGCUCCUGGACCGCAACCAAGAUGCCACUGACGACACGGAGCUGCAGAACAUGAACGAGUAUCUCAGCUCUUUUAAAGUGGCCCAGUAUGUUGUGAGAGAAGAGGAUGGUGUGGAGGAGGUUGAGCGCGAGAUCAUCAAGCAGGAGGAGAACGUGGACCCCGACUACUGGGAGAAGCUCCUGAGGCACCACUACGAACAGCAGCAGGAGGAUCUGGCCCGUAACCUCGGGAAAGGGAAGAGAGUCCGGAAGCAGGUCAACUACAACGACGCCUCGCAGGAGGACCAAGAGUGGCAGGACGAGCUAUCCGACAAUCAGUCUGAGUACUCCAUCGGCUCUGAAGAUGAGGACGAAGACUUUGAGGAGCGGCCCGAAGGUCAGAGUGGCCGGCGGCAGUCCCGAAGGCAGCUGAAGAGUGACAGGGACAAGCCCCUCCCACCGUUAUUGGCGAGAGUCGGUGGGAACAUUGAGGUUUUGGGCUUCAACGCCCGCCAGCGGAAAGCAUUCUUGAACGCCAUCAUGCGCUGGGGGAUGCCCCCUCAGGACGCCUUCAACUCCCACUGGCUGGUGCGGGAUCUCCGGGGGAAAAGCGAGAAGGAGUUCAGGGCCUAUGUCUCCCUGUUCAUGAGGCACUUGUGCGAACCUGGAGCAGACGGGGCAGAGACCUUCGCUGAUGGAGUCCCCCGCGAGGGAUUGUCCCGGCAGCAUGUGCUGACUCGAAUUGGCGUGAUGUCACUAGUAAGGAAGAAGGUUCAAGAGUUCGAACCUGUCAACGGGAAAUACAGCACUCCUGACCUCAUCCCAGAAGGCCUGGAGAGCAAAAAGGGAGGGGAGGUUCUCUCUUCGGACCCAAACACGCCUGUCCCAGCCAGCCCAGCUCAUGGGCAGGUGGGGCCCACGUUGCAACCAGACAAAGCGGACCCACAGCCAGGGAUCCCCCAGGAAAAAGAUCCACCGGAGCAGAGGGCAAAAAAGCCACGGGAGAGCCAGGUGCCGGUGAACAGAGAGAAAACGGAGAAGGACGAGAAGGAGGAAGUUGUGGUGGGACAAGCAAAACCAGUCGAAGAGAGCAUCGAAGAGGAAGAGAGGGCGGAGCCUGUCCCCGAGCAGCCAGCAAAAGCUCCUGCAGAUGAGGCCUCCCAGGAGAAUGAAAAGCCAGCCGCAAAGUCAGAAUCAAAUGCCAGCCCCUGUAAAGGAAGCAGUAAAGAAUCCAAGUCAGAUGAUGCCAAGGCAGAAGAAAAGGAGCUGUCAGAGGCUCAGCAGAAUGGAGAAAAGGAGGAGGAGGAGGAUGGGAAGAAGGACGACAAGAGUGGGAUCCGAUUCAUGUUCAACAUCGCUGACGGGGGCUUCACAGAACUGCACACGCUGUGGCAGAACGAGGAGAGGGCGGCUGUCUCCUCGGGGAAGAUUUACGACAUCUGGCACCGGAGGCACGAUUACUGGCUCCUGGCAGGAAUUGUCACUCACGGCUACGCCCGCUGGCAAGACAUCCAGAAUGACCCGCAUUAUGUCAUCCUGAACGAGCCCUUCAAGUCGGAGAUCCACAAGGGUAACUACUUGGAGAUGAAGAACAAGUUCCUGGCACGGCGGUUCAAGUUGCUGGAGCAGGCGCUGGUGAUUGAGGAGCAGCUCCGCCGGGCAGCGUACCUCAACAUGACCCAGGACCCCAAUCAUCCGGCCAUGGCCUUGAACGCCCGCUUGGCUGAAGUGGAGUGCCUUGCUGAGAGCCACCAGCACCUCUCCAAAGAGUCCCUUGCGGGGAACAAGCCCGCCAACGCCGUCCUUCAUAAAGUCCUAAACCAGCUGGAAGAGCUGCUGAGCGACAUGAAAGCCGAUGUGACUCGGUUGCCCUCCAUGCUUUCCCGCAUCCCACCUGUGGCCGCUCGCCUCCAGAUGUCCGAGAGAAGCAUCCUGAGCCGGCUGACAAACCGGGGGAGCGACCCCAGCAUCCAGCAGGCCUCUUUUGGCUCCUCCCAGAUCUACAGCAACAACUUUGGCCCAAACUUCCGUGGUCCAGGACCAGGUGGGAUUGUCAACUACAGUCAGAUGCCCCUGGGACCUUACGUGACGGCAACACCCAAUGGACCGCCCUUGAGCCACCUGGAUAUAAAGGUCCCCGAGCCCCUGAAAGAUGGUGCAACUUAGACUGCAAGGGACAGCAUUGCGAUGUCAUCUGCAUCGAAGAUUGAAGGCCAGUCUUGGUGGCUCUGGGCUUGCUGUGUUCACAUCUCAAAGUGUUCUUCAAAACAAGGACAACCCCCCGCAUCCCUUGGGCCAUUUCACAAACUUCCUUGAGACAGCAAGAUUUUCAUUUCCUUGUAUCUUGGGUUUUUCUUUCGCACUUUCUUAUCGAGGACUUGAAAGGUUUGUUGGCUGGAUUACAAAUGGAUUCUUCGGUUUUUCGCCUGGAUGCUGUCCCCCUUUCAUACACAGCUGAUUGAGAGACAGGGAGCAGGUGCCAAUGUGCUAUUCCUCUCCGCCCCCACCCAGAGAUGUGUGGCAGUCAUGACUCAAGUGGAGAACCUUGCUAAUGCCUGUCUGGCCUGUGCUUGGAAAAGGUACAAGCUCACUCUCUGAGCUCAGAUGUUGAGCAGGCUAGGUUGGGUAGACUGAAUUCUGCUGCUGCUGUGUGUGUCAAGGAGGGUCUGAACUGUGGUUGUGCUCAAUCCAGAUAUGUGUUCAAGACUGAGGAUGCAACCCGCAUUUGAACGAAAAAGCCAACUGAGGUUCAAAAAGAAAAUAUGGACACCAAGGUCUCUGUCCAGCCAAAGACUCCCGUCGCUUUCUGCAGGAGUUAAUCGUUCAGUUAACUCUCUGCCCCAUUGAAAUCAGUGGGACUUCAAAGUGUUUAAUGUUGUUUGGCUAAUGGUCACGGUGUAAAGGAUUCAAGGCUUUGCAAGGGUCAAGCAAUGUGGUUUUUAAUUGGCCCCAGUAAUGAGGGAUAUGAAAGCACCAAGCAUGUUCUCUUCAAGGCCCAUCUCACAUGUGUGCAUCUGUUGCUUGAUUUCCCUCUGCUCAGUAACCGGCAGGUAAAUUUGACUGCACCAAAAAGAGUUGUGGUGGUACAAAAGUUCCGUCUUUGGGGCUUGUGAAUGCUCAUUCCCAAGCAAUGCAACGAAGGCAUCAUGAGCUGUUCUGCUAUCCAGUGAUGAAUGUGCAUGUGUGAACCAGGCCUGGGUGUACCUUGAUCAAACUUAAAAGGAGAUGCAUUCAUGUGCAUUGGGAUGUGAACCACCACACAGUAGAAAGUCCUCAUUGCCCCUGAGCAAAAACCAGGGCGAGGAGACAAGGGGGACGCAUCCCAAAGUGAAUCUACAAGUGCCCAGAUAUGAAAACAUCAAUCCAGAAUUGUUGAUUUGAUUUUGUCUGUCCACCUGUUGCCAUGACCACUCUGGUCUUUCCCAUAAAAUGAAGACAGCUGUAUAUAGCUCUUCCAGAGUGUAAUCUGAGCUUGGUCCCUUUCCACCUGUAUAUGCUUGAGCAAUCUGUUCAAAGGGCCUGGAUGCCUUCCUUUUUACCAAGCCUUCACUAGCUCAUACAGAAUGUGUCAGUGCCCCCAUGCCCAUUGUCUAAAUCCCCAAAAUGUGCCCUGAUGUACGGAGAAUCCCUCUGCCCUGAAUAGGUGAUGGCCGAAGUGAAGAAGAGAUCAGUUGCCCCAGGGUUCCAGGCAAACAGGAAGGCAAGGCAAGUUCAGCACCACGGAGAGCGGUCAACCUGUGGGUUUGAAGACCAUGGUCAGCAAUCCUGCAGCUGACUUAGGCCAUAGAUCUUAGCAAUGUCUUGGAGCAACCUUUAUAACCAGGGCUUAGUAUUCCUUUAAGUAAAGCCCCCCCCCCAUGACCCUUGAAAGCUGCAUCUGGCCAUUUAAAGGGGCAGUGCCUUUCUUUGCAUCUGCUGACUUCUUCUAAGGCCCCAGGGUUUCAAGCAGUGGAGAUACCGCCUCAGGGCAAUCCUGACCCUUUGAGGAGUCUGCGGACCAAGGUGUUAGGGGUUUUGUGCCUGUGGCUCCAUAUGGCGAGGACCAGGGAAUGGUUCCAUCUCCUUCUUGGGUCUGCCACUGAAGGAGGACUCUGCCUUUGAGGAGUCCUGAUCUGUGCCCAUGACAAAAACCAGUAUUUCCCCAACAACUAGCACCUUUGUAUGCAUUUUUGAUGGGUUACGUGAGUAUUGCAGGCACCCAGUGGAUGAUCCUGGGAUGUGUGCCUCAAGUCCCUGCUAUUUUGAAUGUCCCCCCCACCCCCAUUUUCGGAUGCUUUCCUGCUAUUUAUUUCCCCACUGUGCUGUUCAGAGAAGGUUGCACGCUCAUCCUUUUCAGCGCAUGAGCACAACACUUAGUUACUGGGCAAUUGUUUUAACAGAUGAACCGAAGCUAUUCCCUGACAACAAAGCUUCUCCAGCUCCAUUCCAAUAAGUGAGAGUGGGAGUUUACUUCCUCAUGGUACACACAAGUGCAAUGCCAGGAGAGAAAGGCAGAAUGUGGAGAAGCCCAGAAUGGUUUCCUGUGAGCAGCUCAGGAUGCCUUAUUAGACUCCUAGAUCUUUCUGAACUCUAACAUCUGGAAGCCCCAUGUCAGCCUUAGCAAACCAUGCCCAGGUGAGGGUUGGCCGUUGCUGGACUUCUGAUAUGCCACACCACUGACCAGCGCUUGCUGGCUGCUGGAAGUUGGGAAUGGAAUGCACCCCAUUUUCCCUCUUCCUGGUCAUCGGAUUUACUAGUUUUAGCAUUGACUCUGCCUGCUUGCCAAACAGUGGCUAGAAGUGUGGUUUUUGCUCUGUACCAUUAAUGAACUUGGGUCUUAGGAAUACAGGCAAAUGGAUAAAGAGAGGCCUGCAUCUAGGUUGCUCAUGUGUAGGAUUGACAACAAGCCUGCAUUUCAUUGCUCUGAGCAGGAUAUCCAUAUAGUAAACUGAUCGGUUUUGCAGUCCAAAAACCAGUGAGCUUUAGAGUCUGCUGGGAUCUUCCCCUGAGUUUCUUUCGCUGGCUCCACCCAACCCAAGUCACCACCACCUGCCUGCCGUGACCAUUUCCCCCUGGCUUUGCCAAGGGUGUCUCAACUCUUCUUUAAGGACCCCUCUUUCCCCCUCCUCCCCUAUCUGAGUAGAAAGUCUGGCUCUUAAGCUGGGAGCAUAAAUGCAGGUGAGACCAGUUAGAUUUCCUAACACGGGUUGUGGGGUAAUGAGAAAAGUGUUCCAAGCUACUUUGUCAUAUUGCUCCUGUGUUUUUAUUUCUGUGAUACCAGCAAGUGGGACAUCAAAGCAGUGCUCUCCCCACCCUUGGGUGGCCUUUCUGGCAAGUUUAUAAUGCCACAAACUGUGUCUCCCCACCCCUUUGAAUUCUGUGAGUGUCUCAAAGGUUUUUUCCCCCCUGCUUUUUGUUUUUUUUAAUUAUUUUUGUGUUUUAAUAAAUCAUUUAAAAAAGGAAA